AACCACUGAGCCACGCCGGCCGGGCUGAACUCUGGAUUUUUAAAAAAUGAAGAGCCCUCAUUUCUAAAACACUUUGCAGGCUGAGUAAAAUAACACCCGUGGGCCAAGCACCACCUGCCCCGGUUUGCAGCCCCCGAUGGAGUCCCAGUCACUGACGGGUUGAAACGCAAGACUGAGAGGCAGAGCAAGGCCAAGGCGCGGGGCCACAGCCCAGGAAGCAGGGCCAGGGGCCUCGUCCGGGCCUCCAGCCUCGAGCCUCUUGGUUCACAGGGCCCCGCAGAGCAGGAGGAAGGAGGAGACCGCAGGCUCCGAAUAGGUGAGUCCCAGCGCAUCGAUCCCGGGGCCUGAUCGAGGCGUUGGCUGGGAGCACCUGGAACACUAGGCAGACGCAGCGCCCGAUGCCCUGAGGACCCGCCACAGGGAUGCCGUCCUCGCUGAUAAGGGGAUAUAUAUUUUAAACGGCCUUGAGGACUGCAGUGCCCCCGAUAUGGAAAUCCCAGAAAGGAGGACAGAGUAAAAAAGACAGGUCGCCACGGAGGGGACCGAACCGCGCGGCACCGCGUGGAAAAUCCCCGUGGAUCCCCCGUCAGGGCACGUGGCCCGGUUCCUUCAAUACGAGUUAAAAAAGAGAAAACAGCCUGACCGUGCCACACCCUCCUCCCUGUUUGAAUUCCUUUGCUGUUUCUCUGUGGCUUCCCCUUCCUUCCAGUUUAAGGCGACACGUGAGUUCCAAGGUCCCGUCUGAUCCGGCCGAGGCCCACCUCUCCGGCUCCGUUCCUCACUAGCCACCUGGCCUUCCGCCGUCCGGCACGUGUGCCUGCGUCCCUCCUGCUGCAGGGCCUUUGCACGCGCUGCGCUCCUCCAUCAGGGCCAGAGCCCUGUGGGGCCUACUCGCUCUUCAGCUCCCAGCUCCAGUGUGAGCCGCCCGCCAACCCACCUCAUCUCAUUCUCCCGUCACCGGCUGUCAGAGGUCGACAUGCCUUCCCUUCAUGCCACUCGCUCCUCUCCACUCACCACUGUGGCCUCGGAGAGUCAUUAUUUGACAGCCGAGGGUGACCUCACAAUCCCCCUCCAGACCUCCCAGCCUUGAGGCCACUAUGCCAGCUGCCAGGCCCUCUCUGUUCCCACCUGGAGGCGGACCCACCUUCGGAGCCACCCAGGCCAGCCACCAGGGACAGAGGGCUCCCCAGGGGGAGCCUGUGCCACCUUCUGUCCCGAUGCAGAAACCCGGCUCCAUCAUGCCGGACAAGUCCGAGGACCGGAGGGACUCCAUGCCCACGGAGAGGAAGUCCAUGUGGAGGACGGCCGAGGAGAGGCGCAUGUCCGACCUCACGCGGGUGAUGGAGUGGCUGGAGCGGAGGCGGGGGAAGGAGCUGUCGCUGGUGCAGCCGCAGCCGCAGCCACAGAAACACACCAAGGCACCCUGGGUGCCCCGGAAAGCAGCUGGGAAGGAGGCGAAGAAAGUCAAAGUCACCGUGAAAAACGAGAGAGAGAAAGGCCGCCAAGUGACAUUCUCUGAGCAGGGCAAGCCGGGGGGCCGGAGGGACGCGGACCCGGCCACCUUCCGCAGGACAGACCAGAAGGGGAAGCGCCAGAGCAUCGUCCCAGGCAACUACAGCAAGGAGAGCAUCGGCAAAUCCGAGCCGGAGAUGAAGGACUCGGCCGCCACGGAGGCCACCCCGCGGAUGAUGUCGUUCCACCACCAGAGCAUGACCGACUCCACGCUGCAGGACUCCAUCUUCGGGGGACGCAAGUCGACGCUCCUGAGGGACUGGGUGGGCAAGCUGCCCGACACGGCCUACGAGCGCCGGCUGAAGAGCCUCAUGGAGAAGGGCGGGGAGCCCAAGGUGGAGGCGAUGCGGGCCCUCCGUCCGCGCAGGUACCUGAGGCUGUCCAAGAACAACAUCCGGACGCUGCUCAAGCUGUGCACGGACGCAGGGCUGGUGGUGGACAUCCACCCCCACAUGGUGGAAGCGGAGAUAGACGCCAAGAAGGUGUUCGCCCCGUACCCCACCGUGUCCCUCUAAGCCGCCCCUCCCCGCGGCCCCCCCUCCCGGGCUGGCUCUGCCCUGGGGCCCGUAGGACCGUGGUGACCUGCAAACAAGGCUAAGCUGCAUGGACGGCGGUGCCCAGCGGCCUUUGUCCUCCUCCGACUCAGAACCGGCCCAGCAGCCGCGGGGCUGGCUCCUCCCGCCCCU